GUUGUUUAUCAACAUUUUCAUUCGCGAGUUUGUGUGUUCAGGUCGAUUUUUUGAUGAAUUCCCUCACGAAAGCACUCAAACGGGCCAAAUUCGGUGCAAAUCGAUGCAGUUUCGCGACAAUUUCCGCCCAGAAGCAGCAAGAAAGGCGAAAAAAGGUCCGAGAAUGGCACAUUUUGCGGUACGGAACACUCGACGAGCUCGUUUAUCGCGACGACUCGAAGAAACCUCAGAUAAAGGAAGCGAACGAAGUGAUGAUUAAAGUGAAUGCUGCUUCCGUGAAUCCCAUCGAUGUCGCAAUGAUCCGCGGAUAUGGCUCAAAUUUCCUGAAUCUCACGCGAAAACUCGUGAAUAACACGGAAUUUCCGCUUGGUAGGUGCUGUUCAUGGUCGAACGACAAGAAAAAUUCAAAGAAUUCUCAUUUUAAAUUAGUUGUCGGGCGGGAUUUUGUCGGGGAAGUUGUGCAAAAAGGCAUGAAUGUGCCCGAGAGGGAAGCGAGAGUCGGACAACAAGUAUGGGGAGUCAUGCCGGUGCAUAAACAAGGAUGUCAUCGUGAUUUUAUUGUCUUAAAUAAGAAUUAUUUGACAGAAAAACCCUCAAAUUUGCCCGAUACUGAUGUCACAGGGUUCUUGUACGCCGGAAUGACAGCGUGGUCUGGCAUCUAUGUCUCAGGAAAUCUCGGAGGACCCUUUGGAAUUGCCGGUUCAGGCGGCGGAAAAGGCAAAAAAGUGUUAGUUUUGGGUGCUUCGGGCGGCGUUGGCUCCAUCGCAACACAAAUUCUGCUGGCAGAAGGAGCAAAUGUCACCGUAACAUGUUCAUCGGAUGCCUUACCGUUCGUUCAAAGUCUCGGAAAUAUCCCAAAUAUCGUAGAUUACAAAUCUCCGCAUUAUGAACAAGACCUAAAAAGCAUGGGAACGUUCGAUUUAGUGCUUGACUGUGCAGGAAAGGGACCUGAUCAUGCCAAAGACCUUCCCUGUCCCUUUUAUACUUACGUUACCUUCAGUUCGCCAACGCUGCGCAACACCGACGAGAUGGGACUCAUCGCUGGCAACGUCAAAAACCUCGCAGACUUGAUAAAAUCCAACGUGGAAGCGAUCGGAGCGAAAAAAGGCAUCGUUAAAUGGGCAUAUUUCCUUCCCGCGCCCCAAGGAUUGACUUAUUUACGCAAAUUAGUGAACGAAGGAAGACUCUCCUCGGUUACAACGGCAAUUUUUCCCUUCGAAAAAGCCGAUUUGGCAUACAAGCGGGUCGAAGAACGACAUUUACGGGGCAAAGUUGUGCUCGAUUUCACAGGAAAAACCAUCGAACCGCAAUUAACUGACUUUUAUUUCAAAGAAAACGCGUCAGAAGUCGAAAAUGAGAAUCAAAAGCAAUAAAUUUUUAGUAUUAUCAAGGCACUUGGAGAUAAAUUUAUAUUAAUAGACGUAAAUUUUAUUGGAAAUUUGCCAAUUUGACCUUUUAUUUGAAUUCUUACCUUUAGUUUCGUCUCAAAAAAUAAACUUACAAAAAAAAAAUCCACAAAUAAAUGUAAUAAAUUUCUUUA